UGUUUUUAUGAUACCCUCUGCUCAAGUGCUUCUGUCUCAUCAUGUCCGCCGUGCCGUCUCUCCCAGAAGCCAUCAUCAUCAAUGAGAAGCGAGACUCCAUUCACGAUGAGGCCGAUUUCAAGGGACAACUGAAAGGCUUCACCAACGGCCAUAUCAACGGCAAAACCAAUGUCCAUACCAAUGGUUACACUAACGGCUAUACCAAUGGUUAUUCGCACGCCCCAGAAUUCCAGCUUUAUGAUGAGCCUGUAGAGAACCACCGAAAGAUGAGAGUCAUUGUGAUCGGCGCUGGGUACUCGGGCAUCUACUGUGGUAUUCGGAUACCAGAGCGGUUGAAAAACGUCGAUCUCGUGAUCUACGAGAAGAAUGCUGGUUUUGGAGGCACUUGGUACGAAAACCGCUACCCGGGCGCUGCUUGUGAUAUUCCAUCGCACUCCUACCAAUACUCCUUCGAGCCGAACCACAAUUGGUCUUCGCUCUAUUCGCCGUCUCAUGAAAUUCGAGGUUACCUUGAUCACGUUGCGAGAAAGUACUCCGUAGAUCGGUUCACCAAGUUGUCGCACCAGAUUCGGGAGUGUCGAUACGACGAGCGUGAGGGAAAGUGGCAUGUCAAAGUCGAGAACUUGACCACUGGGGAUGUGUUUGAGGACAGCGCGGACGUUCUAAUCAGCGCAAGAGGAAACCUUAAUGAUAUUGCCUGGCCAGAAAUCGAGGGGCUGAGGACUUUUAAGGGGGAGAUCAUGCACAGCGCACGAUGGAAUCAAGAAAGUUUCGACUUUAAGAACAAACAGAUAGGAAUCAUUGGGUCUGGAAGCAGCGCUAUCCAGAUUAUCCCCAAGCUGCAGCAAGUAGAUGGAUCGCAGCUUUCGUGCUUCAUUCGCAGCAAGACUUGGAUCUCGCCCCCUUUCCAAAAAGAGAUGUGGGAUAAGUUGGGCAUGACAGAUCUCACUAUCAACGACGGUCAAAAGGCCAAAUUUGCUGCGGAUCCAGACUACUACGCCAAGUUCCGGCUUGCCAUAGAAGAAGACUCCAACUCCAUUCACGCCGUUACCCUCCGGGGAACUCACAUGCAACGCUCCGCACAAGUUGCCUUUGAGGAAACCAUGCGGACGCGCCUUGCCUCCAAACCGGCUAUCUUCGAUGCAAUACUCCCCUCAUUCUCGCCAGGCUGUCGUCGCCUGACGCCCGGUCCCGGCUUCCUUGAAGCGCUCACCGAGCCAAACGUCGAUUUUAUCCGGACGCCGAUCUCCAAGAUCGAAGAGAAGGGAGUGCGCACCAACGACGGCCGCCUGCACGAGAUCGACGUCCUGGUCUGCGCCACAGGCUUCCACACCAGCUCGCCGCCACCCUUCCCCGUCAUCGGGCGCGACGGCAUCAAGAUCGUGGACCACUGGUCGAAGCGCGCGACGUCGUACCUCAGCCUCGCAACGGACAAUUUCCCCAACCACUUCAUGAUGCUGGGGCCGAACAGCGCAAUUGGCAGCGGCAGCCUGACGAUGAUGAUCGAGAGCACGGGCGACUACAUCACGAAGUGCAUCCGCAAGCUGCAAAAGGAGAACAUCAAGUCGAUGAGCAUACAGCCGGCACGAGUGCGCGACUUCAGCGCCUACGCCGACGCGUACUUUGCUCGCACGGUCUUUACUGAUGACUGCAAGAGCUGGUACCGCAACCGCGACAACAAGAUCACGGGACUCUGGCCUGGCAGCACGUUGCACUGCAUCGAGGCGCUGCGGAGCCCGCGCUGGGAAGACUAUACGUACGAGUAUCUGGAUGAGGAGGGGCUUGAGAAGGGCGUUGAGUGCAACAGGAUGGCGUGGCUGGGCAAUGGCUGGAGCGCGAAACAACUUCCCCCUGAAGAGCGCGAUUUGGCCUGGUAUUUGUAUCCGCAGUUUGUGGACCAUCCGGUUGCGCCCAGGCCGGAGGAGAGGGAUAUGUACAGAGUCAGGCCGUUUGCGUCGUAA